AUGUGUCGGACCCCCGUGCGAAAGAUCGACAUCGUUACAGUUGGUGGUAAUCUCUCUGGUCGCGGCCGUGGCGGCCUUUCCCUGAUCCUAGCCCUUGGCAAUGACGACAACCUAGUCAUAGGUCCCAGUAUCAAAUCAUAG